AUGCCUGUCGUUGAUCUACCACAGAAGCGUACUGCCGAAUCAGAAGCGACAGAACGCCCAACCAAAAAGCCAUUAACGCCAAAAGCAGUCACAAGUGAUAUUGCUGUAGGCAAGCCUGUGACGGCGAACGUGACCUUGCUUAAUCAGGAGGGAAAUGAGGUUGUGAUUGCCGACACUUUCCGUGAACAGGGUGUUGUGUUCUUUAUGUACCCACGUGCAAACACGCCUGGGUGCACUAAACAAGCCUGUGGUUUCCGAGACAAUAUUCAGACCAUCAAAGACUCAGGUUUCACGGUUUACGGACUGAGUGGCGACUCGCCAAAGUCGCUGAGCAAGUGGAAGACCAAGGAAAAUCUACCUUUUGAUUUGCUCAGCGACCCUGAACAUAAACUCAUUUCACACUUUGGGAGCUCACUGCCAGGAAAGAAAGUGCAGCGUUCGCACGUUGUCAUCCUUAAAGGAGGCGUUGUGGGCGACAUCGCUGCCAAGGUGACUCCAGCGAACAGUGUGAGCCGUGCCGUUGAAUAUGUCAAGAGCAAGAGUGGCGCAGAAUUCAAGGAGGAAACUUCCAAAGAAGAGGAACCUGCCAAGGAGGAGGAACCUUUAGAUGUAAGUGGUGAAAUGCUUACAGAGGGAAGUAUCGUGACCUUCGCCGCCGAACUGUUGACUGAAGCUUCCGUCUCGGUCAAGGUGCAAGAUCUUUUUCAAACCCGCGGAGCUAUCUUUUUUAUGUACCCGAAAGCUGACACACCUGGUUGCACCACUCAAGCCUGCGGAUUUAACGACAAUUUGGAGGCGAUAUCAGCUGCAGGAUUUGACGUUUACGGCCUGGGUGCCGAUACCCCGUCCGAACUUUUGGCGUGGAAAGAGGCGCAGAAUUAUAAAUAUACCUUUCUGUCGGACCCCAAGCACCAACUUAUUGGCUACUUUGGUAGCUCUCUUAGCGAUGGUACGCGAGUGGAGCGGUCGCACGUGAUUGUGCUGCCGGGAGGCAAAGUCGGUCAGAUCAAGCAUACUAUCUCUCCUGAGGAUAGCGUGAGCACGGGUCUCGCCUUUGUCAAAAGCUAUGCUCUCGACAAUACCAGCAGGCUUUAA